AUGAAAUCUUUCAUUGGACUAUUCCUCCUUUCCUGCCUUUGUUUUGAAAUAGGCCAUGCCCUCAAAUGCUACACUUGUGGCUCUUUCAAAUACCAAACAGUCGAUCUGGGUAAUUGCGGGGAUACUCUCUCUGAAGUCGAAUGUGAAGUCAAUAAAACUAGGUGUGCAGAGGUAGAACUUGCAGGGAAUUUGCUUGUCGCUACGGCUGAGAAAUUUACGUUUACUGCCCGCGGUUGCACGGAGGUUGAAGCUACGGCCAGUGAGGCAGGGUGUACCAGUGAUUCAGACAGGGCGAAAGAAAUCAUCGAGGAUGUUGGCUUUGUCGAAGGGGGCUACAACAGUGUUCAGUUUCUGGCUUUCCAGCAGGUCACGGGGGAAACGUACGCUGAUGUGGAUGCAUGCACUUGUAGCGAAAACAACUGCAAUAGCGCUGGUUUCAUUCAGUCGAGUGUUGUCAUAGUGUGUGCGUCUUUUGUGUUGUCUACCCUUGUUGGGCUCUUGUAG